AUGGGUGACAAAUCAGAAAAGUCAACCUCUUCAAGCAUGACUUUGUAUCAAAAAUGGGAAAACCCUAAUCAUCCACUCUACCUUCACCACUCGGAUCAACCUGGCGCAAUACUUAUGCCGCAGCCGCUUGUGGAAGAUAACUAUGGCACAUGGGUCCAAUCCAUGACCAUGGCUUUGAUGGUCAAGAACAAACUAGGGCUUGUUGAUGGGACGAUCAAGAAGCCAAGUGAUGAACAGAUUGAAGAACUGCAACAAUGGAACAGAUGCAACAACCUGGUGAAAACAUGGUUGCUUGGUUCCAUGUCAAAGGAAAUCUCGGGAAGUGUCAUACAUUGCAAGGACGCACGCAAACUUAAGAGUCUUUGGGAUGAUCGUGAUGCCUUGUGUUCAAUCCCGGCAUACCAUUGUGAGACCAAGAGAAAGAUGAUGUCAUAUGUUGAAACUCAGAAAACUAUGAAGUUUCUCAUGGGUUUAAAUGAAUCGUAUGCUACGGUUCGUGGUAACACCCUGUUGCUAGAGCCACUGCCCACUGUAAACAAAGCCUAUGCACUUGUCCUUUGA